AAACGAGCACGGAGGAGGGUGAUGUGGAAGCGCGUCCUCAUCGUGGGCGGAAUCCUCGCCCUCUUGGGCGCAAUAGCAGGAAUCACAUACGUCGCACUUGUUUCUGCAUUAAUCAAACGUCUUUCUCCACCCGCAACGCAAAGCCGCCUACACCGCAUCACCGAGGCCUGGCAGGAACCCGACUCACGCGGUCCGUACACAUUCUCAUGGCCAGAAGACUUUAGUCGUGACAUCACUCCGGUCAACUGUCACUCACAUAAUGACUACUGGAGAGCUGUGCCACUCUACGAUGCCCUGGCUGCUGGCUGUGUUAGCUUCGAAGCCGACAUAUGGCUCCAAAAGGAUGACGAACUUCUUGUCGGCCACGCAAAGAAGGCACUUAAAGAGCCACGAACGCUUAAGUCGCUCUACCUUGAUCCGCUAGCCAACAUUUUCAUACAUAGGGAGGUAUCCAACACCUCUGCUCCCUCCCUCGAGACCGGUGCAUUCGAAAAGGACGGAAACGCUUCUUUAGUCCUUAUGCUCGACUUCAAAACCGAUGGUCACGACCUCUGGCCCGUGGUGCUCUCGCAACUCGAACCCAUGUUCAAGUCUGGCUGGCUCACAUACUUCGAUGGCAAGGAUGUGCAUAGGGGCCCUCUGACUGUCGUCGGCAGUGGCAACACGCCUUUUGACGAUGUCAUUGCAAACUCGACUGAACGCUACGUUUUCUUUGAUGCUCCACUUCUCGAUGUGGCAAAUGAAAAGUACACGACUGAGAACUCAUAUUACGCUAGCACGGCAAUGGAGCCGGCCAUCGGCUCUGCUGGCCCUCUCAAGCUCUCUGGCGACCAGGAGGACAAACUCAAGACGCAAAUCAAGGCAGCUGCGGACAAAGGGCUUGUGUCGAGGUAUUGGGACACGCCAUCAUGGCCGAUCUCGCUUAGGGACAAAGUCUGGACCUCGCUCAAGGAUCAAGGCGUGGGUAUGCUAAAUGUGGACGACCUGGUUAGUGCGACGAGGUGGAAUUGGAACUGGUGUGUUAUUGCAGGAUUGACGUUGUGUGGCUGAGGCCUGGAGCCGCCAUCGACUGUUCAUAUCGGUUCACAUGGUGUUGUAUAGGCGGUAGAGGCAGGGCAAUGGGCUCGGGUCGGAUUACGAGUUGGUAUAGAUCAACGGGUAACGAUCUCAUGGGCGUUGGCGUCAGAGUAUCUGCAUCACGAUUGCCGCACUAGGGGAAAGAUGUGGCUACGAGCACUAAUAAUAGACUCAUGGCUUUUAGUACUGUAUGGAGUGGCUCUGCUAUGAUCGAGUGGCUCUGGUAUAUAAUACGACCUCAAUGACACGAUCUCGGAAUCCAUUCAGG